AUGUCGGUUGGAGUCGAGCAGCUAGUCGACUCGACGUCCGACUAUGUAUCCGAGGAAGAGAUUCGUACUCCUUCUAUUGCGCCGUCCCUCACAUAUUCUGAGGACUCCGAAGAUCAAGAUGAGCUCCAGGCACCAAAGGAGGUUCCUCAAAGGCGGCGUGCCUCGACGAGAUUAAUUGCACAGAGCCCAGCAGACGUGCAGAGAAUCACUGGCGAGUCUACACAACAAUUGCUUGAUCGAUGCUGUGGUGGCGGAUGUUGCAUGAAUGCACAGAAGAAAGAGCAGGGAGUCGAGUAUGAACGAGUCCCACUCCCUGACAAUGAUGCCUUUCGCUCUUUAGGCUUAAAGAUUGAUGAGAUACCUACCGUCUUAACUAAGGUCGCGGACAUGCCUGAGCAGAUCACUUUUCUUCAGUCCAUCCGACGUGUCUCGGGCACCCCAUCGCCAACCGAUUCGGCCGUGUCUUUCGGAAGUCAAGCCAGCUCUCCCACAAUCGAGACCAAAUUCCAGAACCUUAGCCUCGAGAACCUCGACACUUCGAUACAGCCUCCUUCCUUCGUUCAACCGCACCAUCCUUUCAAUGUCUUCCCUGCCAAAAUUCACAAUACCCGUGAAUUGACGCGUCCUGGAGCUGAGAAACGCACGUAUCACUUCGAUCUCGAUAUCACCGACUAUCCCCACGGAGAAGGCGUAGACUUCAAGGUCGGAGGUGCCAUUGGUGUCUCUGCUCCAAACGAUACAGCUGCUGUGGAUCAGGUUUUUGACUUGCUUUUGGUUCCACGUUACUUGCGGGACAAGCCCGUUUUGCUGCGCACUACUCGUGGCCGAUGGCCCACUGUCUGGGGCGAGGAUCAGGCCCGCGAGUUGGUUACCACCCGGCGGGAUUUGCUGACGUGGUGCUCCGAUAUCCAGUCUUACCCACCCACCAAGCCUCUAUUGCGAAUUCUAGCUGAGCAUGCUCUCGACCCUAACGAGAAGAAGAUACUCAUGUUCCUCUGCUCUAGCCAGGGACAAGGUGCCUUUUGCGACUUCCGCACUGGCCCACACAUCUCUCUUGCUCAACUCUUGAGUGCUUUCCCUUCUGCUAAGCCACCUCUAGAUUUGCUGUUCUCGGUACUCCAGCAGUUGAUGCCGCGGUUUUAUUCCCUUUCCAAUGACCCGCAUGAGUCUUAUGGGAUCCGCGAUGGAAAGCAGCACCGCCUUAUUGAGCUAGCCGUCACCAUUCAAGAGACGCCUGACUGGCAGGCGGGCUACCGAACGGGUGUCGGUUCUGGCUUCUUUGAACGUCAAUGUCGCAAGUUUUUGGAGCUGCAGCGCGCAGGGGAAAGCGCUCCCCAGUUAUACAUCCCGAUGUUUAAGGGGCUGAUGGCGAACCCGUUGGCCAAGGAAUUUGUGUCUGAUGGUCCGAUGCUCCUUAUUGGGGCUGGCGUCGGCAUCGCGCCAUUCCGUGGCUUUGUUCAGCAUCGCCUGAAGAAUGCUAACUGUGCCAACAAGGUAUGGGUACUUCAAGGCGUCCGUGAUUCUCUUGUGGAUGAGCUAUACGGUGGGGAGUGGGGUGUCCACGAGGAUAGAGUGAAGAAGGUUGUACAGAGCCGACGCGGCGAGAGCCGUUACGUCCAGGACGAGGUCAGCCACCAAGCAGAUCUUGUAUGGUCCAUCAUCAACUCGGUUGACGGGCGCGUCUUCGUUUGCGGAAGCUCCAAGGGCAUGGGCGAAGGUGUCGAACAGGCGCUUAUCAAAGUGGCCGUGAAGAAGGGCAACUUGAAGUAUGAUGAGGCAAAGAAAUUCUGGGAAUUGAAGAGAGACGUCGGACAGUACAUUACCGAGACGUGGUGA